GCGCUCGCACUGCCACUGUACAUGCUCUGCGUCCAUGGGAACGCCCACCGUCCUGUUCUUCUCUCGCCUCCCCCUGCUCCGCCUCGUCUUCGUCGCGGCCGUCGCCGUCGCGUUCGGGGGUGCGGCGCCGCUGGACCCGCAGCAGCUGCUGGCUCUGCGCGCGCUCGGCCUCAGCGCGCGCCGAGCGGCGGACCCCUGCGGCGCGGACGCUAUGGUUGGCGCGGUGAACGCCUCCUGCGACGCGGGAGCGCCGUUCCGGCGCGUGACGUCGCUCGCCCUCACCAACUGCUCCGACACCACCUCUGUCUCGGCCGCGGCGCUCGAGGCGCUCGCGCCGUCUCUGAGGGCGCUGGCGUUCUCCGACUGCCCGGCCGCGCCGCCGCGAGCUCUCCCACCGGAGCAGCUGGCGUCUGGGCUCCGGGCCUUCUCCUGCACCGCCUCGCUCCACCGCCUCUCCGCUGUGUGGCUCUCCCACCUCACCAACCUCACCGAGGUCACCGUCGCGGACACGCUCCUCGCGACUGGCUCCCCCACCGAGCUCGCCGUCGUCGUCUCCCACAUGGAGCACCUAACACGCCUCACCAUCUCCAACGCCAACCUCUCCGGCUUCCUCCCGCACCACUGGCACUGCCCCAACCUCACCCACCUCGACCUCUCCGGCAACCACAUCACCGGCGCCAUCCCGGACACCCUCACACUCCUCGGCGGCAUCACCCACCUCAACCUCAGCUCCAACGUCCUCAACGGGCAGAUCCCCACCUCCAUCGGCGACCUCAUUUCGCUCACCACCAUGGACCUGUCCAAAAAUUCCCUCUCAGGCGGCAUCCCGGACACCGUCUCCACGCUGCCAGAGCUGGAGGUGCUCAACCUGGGCUCCAACAGGCUCAACGGGAGCAUACCGCGGUUCCUGGCCGAGAUGAGGGGACUCAGGGAGCUCAACCUCGAGAACAACGACUUCGACGGCGUGGUACCUUUCACCGCCAAGUUCCUGUCGAGGCUGCGGGUGUUCAGGGCCGCCGGAAACGGCAAGCUGUGCUACAACCGGUCGGUGCUAUCCGCUGAGAUCGUCGUGGGCGUAGCUCCUUGCGACAAGUACGGUUUCCCGGUGCUGCCACCCCCGGCAACGGCGCGGUCGGAGCGGAGCGCGGACUACGACGACGGCGGCGGGGACGGGGACGCGGACGCCGGGGCCGACACGAGGGGCGGGCCCAGCGCGGUGGUGCUCGUGGUGGCCAUCGGGCUGUCCUGCCUGGCGUUCUUGGUCAUCUUGCUCGUCUGCCUCUGCAAGGUGUGCCGCUGAUUGGCGCGGCGCCCGUGUCGCUUGCGAUUUUUCCAUGCCUCUUUUGCUGAGUUUGUUAAUCGGCCUUGCUCGCUGCUGUGCUGGAAUUGUAUGAACUACUGAUAGCUAAUUCUUAUUUUGCUCUGUAUUUUUUUGGCGCCAUUCUUCGCUCUUGGUCGGGUUAAAGUGUUUAAGACCUUGAACCAGGAGCAAAGAAUAGCUGUAU